AUGAUUCAGCCAGCACGGGUCUUACCCUCAAACGCACCACCACUCCACGAGGCUGGUGGCAGUCAUGUGUCCCGAGUCUUGCAAGAGCACUCCGGCAACCGUCAACAGAACGACUACACUUAUGCACAUGACUCUGGGCAGAAGUACCCUGCUGCAGUGUUGACGGAGAACAGCUACGCCGGUCAUCAGCCACAUCAGCCCGCCCACAUCUAUCGGCAGACGCCGUUGCAACGGCACAACUAUCGCUAUGCACGACACCAACUUGGCAGUGAUGAUCAGGUCAAGGCGGAGAAGCUUGCGAAGCAUCUCUAUACGCGGUUCACGCAUUCUGAUCAUUAUAUGAAGUAUCGCAACAAGCAAGGUGGGAAGGGAGAUAAAGGAGGCGCCGACAAGAUCUGGCCCGAUCGGUUGGAGUUGGCAUUCUUUCAAGCACUGGUCCGUUGGCCACCGAUGGGUCGUCGCAAGCUUCACCACAAGGACAAGCAACGCGGACGGAAUGAACUCAUUGCCGACUAUAUUGAAGAGCUUACGGGAGAGGCUCGUACACGAAAGCAAGUGUCCAGCCACAUUCAAGUCUUGAAGCCAUUCGUUGAGGGKGACUCCUUCAUCAUGAAGUGGCUAUCAAAAGAAGAUUUGUGUGGUGGUGGCCACCCUGGUCGCUGGUAUGGCAAUUCUGGACAUGGUGGUGGUAGGAUGAGAUCAAAUUAUCCUGUCACCGCGCCACCGCACAACCUACGCAAUUCCGCUCCUUCAAUGACACAAUACGACUCUCACGCACUGGCAAAGGUAAAGGGAAUGCUCGAAGUGUUUGAGCCGACCGACUUUCAGAUGUUCGUGCAGAGAAAGUAUGGAGAAGACUCUGUCGAUCGCCUACAUACGUACACUGGGUCCAUCACGCAUCCGCGGCAACCCGACCAACAAGUACAAGAUUGGCCUACAUUCGCAGAGCAGUAUCCUCUUCUCACAACUAUGCAUACACAGCGACCGCUUGACUGCAACAUACUGGUAGCGAAUGCAUCACUUGCAUUCCCAACCGAAGAUUGGAAGAACAAAGAUGGAAGCGCCCUCCCCGGCGUCGAACUUGGUAUCUCAUUCCUCUGCAGCAGUCGACACUUACCUGCGAAUUCCCAGGUUCAGUGUCAAAACAACUUCUACAAGGAUGGCAAGUUCCUGAAGGACCAUAGCGGACACAGCGCGGUUCCCUUAACGCUUUCCGAGGAUGGCAGCACUGUAGAGACUCAGGUCAAGUUUGGAAGCCUCUUCURGGCAAGGACGCUUUCACACUUGGCUGGACGACUGCAGAGUGGCGAUCAAUCAAGAGAUCCUAUAGAGGAUGUGUCGGCUUACAUCAAUGGCAUCACUGCUUCUCAAGAAAUUAUGCUCACGACUGAACACGGCCAUGAAAGAUUGCUCGUCAUCUAUUGGAAAUUCAGACUCUCCACUGGAACGCGAGGACGAGCUUAUUGGCAGAAGAUCAAGAUGCCUGCAUCGCCUUCGAAAGUGGAGUACAUUCAACAACCAAAAGAUCGAUCUGAUUCGGUCCACGAUUAUAAUCUGCAAUUUGGAGAUGCUUCCACUUCGCAGCAUCAUCAGUUGCAACAUCAAAUUCCGAAUCAGCCGAGUCUGCAAUCUCCGUUCGAAUACGACAGCAGCUCAGGCUCUGCGCCCACGUCUGUCACAUGGCCAUCUCACAUGGAAGACAUCACCAACACCGCUCCCGUCAGCGCGAUAGAGUUCACGGGAGACAACAGCUUCGACUUCAGUGGCGGUAAUAUUAAUUUAUCUUAUGACCCAUCCUUCGAUCUCAGCACAUUCGAUAGCUCAGCGUUCGAUUUUGCGGCCACGACCGAUUUCGCCGCAGACCCAGCACUACAAGAUUACUCGACGCAAGACUUUUCAACGCAGUGGUGCGACAACUAUGCUGCAUUCGACACACAACACUCACUUGAUACGAAUACCUCAGCGUACCCGAUGACGACAGCAGACUCGCAGUCUCUGCUCGCAUACGAUUCUCAGCAGUCGAUGGGAUCAGCAUACCCCGUGACCGUUGAAUCUCAAUCGCAAAAUAUCUUCGACAGCUUCGAGCCUCAUUACGAGCAAUCGUUCAACGUCGGACAUGAUGGACAAGCUUAUGGUGGUGCAGGGCAGGACGCACUAAAGGAUGAUGACCCUCUGGCUACUCUGGCGGAUGCGUCGUAUGUGGCUAGUGAGAUGGUGUCGCAUCAGAACGAACACCACACGCAGUAA